GUGGGGUUCCGCGCCCUCGGUUUUUCCGCUGGGCCGCGGGAAGCGCACGCCCGCGGGCCCCUUGGCCCGGUCUCGGGGAACCAUGGACUCGGUGGGGCUGAAGACUUUGAUUAAUUAUUAUUGUCAAGAGAGAUAUUUCCAUCAUGUGCUAAUUGUUGCCAGUGAAGGAAUUAAGAGAUAUGGCAAUGACCCAGUCUUCAGGUUUUAUCAUGCGUAUGGUACCUUAAUGGAAGGUAAAAUUCAAGAAGCUCUUCGAGAAUUUGAGGCUAUUAAAAAUAAACAAGAUGUAUCACUUUGUUCUCUAAUUGCACUGAUAUAUGCCCAUAAAAUGAGUCCUAAUCCAGAUAGAGAAGCUAUUCUGGAAUCAGAUGCCAGAGUGAAGGAGCAACGGAAAGGAGCUGGACAGAAAGCUUUGUACCAUGCAGGCUUAUUUUUAUGGCACAUUGGUCGUCAUGAUAAAGCCAGAGAAUAUAUUGACAGAAUGAUCAAAAUGUCAAAUGGUAGCAAAGAGGGACAGGUUUUGAGAGCAUGGCUUGAUAUUACAAGAGGAAAAGAACCUUACACUAAAAAAGCACUAAGGUAUUUUGAAGAGGGAUUACAAGAUGGAAAUGAUGUUUUUGCUCUUCUGGGUAAGGCACAAUGCCUUGAGAUACGUCAAAAUUAUUCAGGUGCUUUGGAGACUAUUAACCAGAUAAUUGUCAGCUUUCCAAGCUUCCUUCCUGCUUUUGUAAAGAAAAUGAAAUUACAGCUUGCCUUGCAGGAUUGGGACCAGACAGUUGAGACAGCACAAAGGUUAAUUCUACAAGAUAAUAAAAAUGUGGAAGCAUUGAGAAUGCUGGCUCUUUACUAUUUGUGUAGGGAGGGGGAUAUAGAGAAGGCGGCCUCCAAGCUGGAAAACUUAGGAAAUACAUUGGAGGCCAUGGAACCACAGAAUGCUCAACUUUUUUACAAGAUCACAAUAGCCUUCAGCAGAACUUGUGGACGGAAUCAACUCAUUCUUCAGAAGAUUCAAACAUUAUUAGAAAAAGCUUUUAGUUUAACCCCUCAUCUUUCAGAAUUUGCUACGGAACUUGGAUACCAAAUGAUUUUACAAGGCAAAGUUAAAGAGGCAUUAACAUGGUAUAAGACUGCAAUGACACUUGAUGAGACUAGCGUUUCUGCACUAAUUGGAUUUAUCCAGUGUCAGUUAAUGGAAGGGCAAUUACAGGAUGCAGAUCAGCAGUUAGAAUUCCUUAGUGAAAUUCAGCAGUCCAUUGGAAAAUCUGCGGAAUUAACCUAUUUACAUGCAGUUCUAGCAAUGAAGAAAAAUAAGCGAGAAGAAGAAGUUACUAGUUUGUUAAAUGAUGUCCUGGACACUCAUUUUUCGUACUUGGAAGAUUUACCACUUGGAAUAGAGUAUUUUGAGAAGUUAAAUCCUGAUUUCCUACUAGAAAUUAUUACAGAAUAUCUGAAUUUCUGUCCAGUGCAGCCUGCAAAUCCUGGGCAGCCUCUUUCUCCAUUUCUCAGACGUUGUACCUCAGUCCUGGAGACUAUUGUAAGAACUGUACCAGGUCUUCUGCAAGCUGUCUUCCUAAUAGCGAAAGUGAAAUAUUUAUCAGGUAGGUGGCAGUUUCCCCGAAUCUUAAUACAACAGAUGAUCAGAAAUUUAGUAAGAAGAUGGAAAUACGAAAUCACAGAUAGAGUGUCCUUAAAGAUCCUAUUCAUCUUAAUGUUUGCUUGGAUUGUAAAGUAUAUGUUGAUGUUGUGAAGCACUUCAAAGAAGUAUAUCUAAAUACUCUUUUUUCAGGUGAGAGAAUAUCCUUUAUAUCAUUUGGUAAAAGCUCAGUCACAAAAGAAAAUGGGAGAAAUAGCAGAAGCAAUUAAAACUCUGCAUAUGGCAAUGAGUUUACCAGGAAUGAGGAGAAUUGGAGCCUCCUCAAAAUCUAAAUACCGAAAAACUGAAGUUGAUACAAGCCAUCGUUUAUCAAUCUUUCUUGAGUUGGUAGAGGUUCACCGCUUAAAUGGAGAGCAGCAUGAGGCAGCAAAAGUUUUACAAGAUGCCAUCCAUGAAUUUUCUGGAACAUCUGAAGAAUUGCGUGUUACUAUUGCUAACGCAGACCUAGCUCUGGCCCAAGGAGAUGCUGAGAGAGCUUUAAGCAUGCUUCGAAAUGUUACAACUGAACAGCCUUAUUUUAUAGAAGCCAAAGAAAAAAUGGCAGAUAUUUAUCUCAAGUACAGAAAAGAGAAAAUGUUAUAUAUCACUUGUUACAGCUUCAUUAUGGAAAUGUUGCCAUUUAAUGAGAUCCAGUUAAGCUGUUUAAUUACUGCUUAUUUGUAUGCCUGCCAAUAUUAGCCUGAAGAAGCCAUAGUAGCGUAUGAGCAAGCACUAAAUCAGAACCCAAAAGAUGGAACUUUGGCAAGCAAAAUUGGGAAAGCUCUUGUCAAAACUCACAACUAUUCAAAGGCAAUCACUUAUUACGAAGCCGCUCUGAAAAGUGGACAGCAGAAUUAUCUUUGCUAUGACCUGGCUGAACUAUUAUUAAAAUUGAAAUGGUAUGACAAAGCAGAAAAAGUUCUUCAACAUGCUUUGGCUCAUGAACCUGUAAAUGAACUGUCAGCUCUCAUGGAGGAUGGACGUUCUCAAGUCCUUUUAGCAAAAGUUUAUAGUAAAAUGGAAAGACCUGGUGAUGCAAUCACUUCAUUACAACAGGCUCGAGAAUUACAGGCUCGAGUGUUAAAACGUGUUCAGAUGGAGCAGCCAGAUGCAGUCCCUGCACAGAAACAUUUAGCAGCUGAAAUUUGUGCAGAGAUUGCAAAACAUUCUGUUGCUCAGCGAGACUAUGAAAAAGCAAUUAAGUUUUAUAAAGAGGCUCUUGUUCAUUGUGAAACAGAUAAUAAGAAACGAGAAAGCAGGUUCAGAGAGAUAAAAAUGACCCGACUUCAUCAUGAAGAAGCUGGGACUAGAAUCCAAUCUCCUAAUUUUAAGACCAGUAUUCUUUUAACAAUGCCUCAUGUCUACAUUUCAGAUAAUUACAUGACAUUAUCUCGUUUAAUUGAUCUCCUAAGAAGAUGUGGGAAACUUGAAGAUGUUCCAAGAUUUUUCUUAAUGGCUGAGAAACAUAACUCUAGAGCAAAAUUUGAGCCAGGAUUUCACUACUGUAAAGGACUGUAUCUUUGGUAUACCGGCGAACCAAACGAUGCCCUUCGGCAUUUUAAUAAAGCUCGGAAAGAUGGCGACUGGGGCCAGAAUGCCCUUUAUAACAUGGUAGAAAUCUGUUUGAAUCCAGAUAAUGAAACUGUUGGAGGUGAAGUAUUUGAAAACCUGGAUGGAGACCUGGGNNNUUCGACUGAGAAGCAAGAGUCUGUACAAUUAGCAGUGAGAACAGCAGAAAAACUCCUCAAGGAACUAAAACCUCAGACUGUUCAGGGUCAUGUCCAGCUUCGCAUAAUGGAAAACUAUUGCCUAGUGGCUACCAAGCAAAAAUCAAAUGUUGAGCAAGCAUUAAAUACCUUCACCGAAAUAGCCACAUCUGAGAAAGAUCAUAUUCCAGCACUUUUGGGAAUGGCAACAGCUUAUAUGAUCUUGAAACAAACUCCAAGAGCCAGAAACCAGCUGAAGCGGAUUGCAAAAAUGAGUUGGAAUCCUAUUGAUGCUGAGGAGUUUGAGAAGAGUUGGCUGCUACUAGCUGAUAUUUAUAUUCAAUCAGCAAAAUAUGACAUGGCAGAGGAGCUAUUAAAACGGUGCCUGCGUCAUAAUAGGUCUUGCUGCAAAGCUUAUGAAUAUAUGGGGUACAUUAUGGAGAAAGAACAAGCGUAUUCAGAUGCUGCCUUAAAUUAUGAGAUGGCAUGGAAAUAUGGCAAUCAGACAAAUCCAGCAGUAGGAUACAAACUGGCAUUUAAUUACUUAAAAGGGAAAAAAUAUGUGGAUGCAAUUGAUGUCUGUCACCAGGUUCUCGAAGCACAUCCAGCUUAUCCAAAAAUCAGAAAGGAUAUACUUGAUAAGGCCCGUGCAUCUCUAAGACCUUGAAUAUUAUCUUAACAUAAUUUGUUGGUUUAACAGGAAACAAAAGAAUCUGGUUAUUAGCUUUUCCAGUUCAAAAUAGGUCUGAGCUAGUGCAUUGUAGUAAAAGCAUACUUUUCCUUCUCCAGCAGAGGUUGCUGUUGUAUAUGAAGAGAAGUGCUAUGCCAAAUUGAUGUUUUGUAAUGAAGAAGUUGAAUGAGGGCUGGUCUAUUUGAUUGACUCUCUUUUGAUUAGGUAGUUUUGGCAUCUCCAAGGUAAAGAUUAUAACCCAUUCUAUAAAGAAUAUUUUGUUAAAAUCUGGUUAAUUAAAUAAUAACCUAUAUCUUUUUCAUGGAAUAUUAGUUGUUUAUUUCAGGAAAUAAUAUUUAAAAUGUUACUGUUCUCUGUUAAAAUUUUUGUAAUGUUUUACCUUGUUUCAAAGAUUUGAGCAAAUCUCAUUGUAAAUAGUUUAUGAAAAAGGAAAUAUGUAUUUCAAUAAAUGUUUUAUGACUUUAUGGCUUGUAUUCCUC